AUGUUGGGAAGAGCGGGAUUAGGCUUCGCAGGUCUCUUCUGGAUGGCCUCCGGCCUUCUGUUGAUGUGGUUUACAUUCCUGGGAGGCACAAAAAACAGCAACCCGCUGAACAGGAUCUACUUCCUCGAAGCUGCCACCAGCAACAUCCCAGGCGCUCCGGCGACAUCCAGAUGGACUCUCUGGAAUCUUUGCCCUGUUGUUGAUGGCAAGAAUGACUGUGGAUCGAAUACUCCCGACUUUCCGUUUGACCCCGCGAGCCCCAGGAACUUCGGCACUGAUGUCAAUGUCCCGUCUCGAUUCGUUCAACACCACAACCACUACUUCGUUACUUCUCGCUUCAUCUUCCCGUUCAUGCUCAUCGCCUUGUUCUUUGGCGUUUUGUCUUUCUUUACGGGAUUCAUCGCUAUGUGCGUUCGGGUUGUUGGCCACGUUUCUGGCGUGUUUGCCUACAUCGCCUUGACAUUCCAGACCAUAGCUACCGCUAUGAUGACUGGUGUCUUCGUCCAAGGCCGCAACGCCUUUAGCCGUAACGGUCAGCCCUCCAAGGUCGGUCCCAUGGCUUUCGGUUUCAUGUGGGCUUCGGUUGUCCUGCUCUUCUUCUCCGCCUUGUGUUACUUCUGGGGCGGAAGUCUCAGGCGGGAAGACGGCGGCUACAGUGGCCGGGAACAAAGACGGCGAGGCUUCUUCUCUUCUCAGCGCUCGUCCAGCGUGAGAAGCAACAAGGAGACAAACGUCUAA